AUGUUCGACAGCGACAAAGCCCUCGGCCCCUUGCUGGUCGCGCUGAGCAGCGGCAUCUUCAGCUUCCUCGCUUGGAAGCUACCGCGUAAUAGCGGAUCGUACCAAGUGGGCUUCCGCUCGGGAUACGAACAAAACCUCUCCCCGGCGGCGAAGCUCUACAUCGGGGCCGCUGCUCUACUCCUGAUGAACGUCCCAUACAGUCUCUUUUGCCUCGAGCCGAUCAAUCAGAAGCUCGAGGCCAAAGCUACCGAGUUCGAGGAAGUCGUGUAUUCCAAAGCCGACGAGGCCGAGAUGAAGCGCGAGGAUACGACGCACUACCUGGUCGACCGAUGGGCCGUUGUGAACUUGGGGCGGUCCGUGCUGAGCGGUGCUGCGGCGGUGCUGGCGACUUUGGCCGCCUUCACUCCGCCGACACUGACGGACCGCUAUGGGAGGAACUUUAGCACGCUGUAG